AACACUCCCUGCCGUGGUUUGUGACGUAUACUCAGUUGCGGGCAGCGACGCAGGGCUGGGUUUCCAUUUUCGCUUCGAGUUUCGGGCGGAACAACAAUAUGGAGCCGGAGAUGGAAGACAAAACGCUGGAGCUAAUGUGCUCUGUACCUCGCUCUCUCUGGCUGGGCUGCUCCUCGGUGGCAGAGAGUUUGUGUGCACUCAGGUGCCUGCAGAGCCUCCCCUCCUCCCGGGCCCACAACCAGAAUAUGACUGUUAUGGAGCCUCAGAAUCACUCAGAUGAGCUUUCGCCAAAGAAGACCACAGUGUUCAAGCUCGGUAACGGAGUCGUGUCGGGCUCCCGGAAGCGGCCGUCGCAGGGCAACUUUGAGAAGGAGAAGGACGUGUGCAUCCAGCUGUUUGACCAGUGGUCGGAGGGGGACCAGGUGGAGUUUGUGGAGCACCUCAUCUCGCGCAUGUGCCACUACCAGCACGGACACAUCAACUCCUACCUCAAGCCCAUGCUCCAGAGGGACUUCAUCACAGCGCUGCCAGCCCGAGGUCUGGACCACAUAGCGGAGAACAUCCUGUCGUUCCUGGACGCGCGCUCGCUGUGCUCGGCCGAGCUGGUGUGUAAGGAGUGGCAACGGGUCAUCUCCGAGGGCAUGCUGUGGAAGAAGCUGAUCGAGCGCAUGGUCCGCACAGACCCGCUCUGGAAGGGCCUCUCUGAAAGACACCAGUGGGAGAAGUACCUCUUCAAGAACCGCACACCAGAAGUCCCGCCCAACUCCUACUACCACUCACUUUAUCCCAAAAUCAUCCAGGACAUAGAGACCAUAGAGGCUAACUGGCGGUGUGGAAGGCACAACCUGCAGAGGAUCCAGUGUCGCUCGGAGAACAGUAAGGGGGUGUACUGCCUUCAAUAUGACGAUGAAAAAAUCAUCAGCGGCCUUCGGGACAACUCCAUAAAGAUCUGGGAUAAGCAAUCUCUUGAGUGUCUGAAGAUUCUGACGGGCCACACGGGUUCCGUCCUGUGUCUGCAGUACGAUGAACGGGUCAUUGUCACAGGCUCAUCUGACUCCACUGUCAGGGUGUGGGACGUGAACUCGGGCGAGGUGCUCAACACGCUCAUCCACCACAACGAGGCGGUGCUGCACCUGCGCUUCUGCAACGGCCUGAUGGUGACGUGCUCCAAGGACCGCUCCAUCGCCGUGUGGGACAUGGCCUCGCCCACCGACAUCAGCCUUCGCCGUGUGCUAGUGGGCCACCGCGCCGCCGUCAACGUGGUCGACUUUGACGACAAGUACAUCGUCUCCGCCUCGGGCGACCGCACCAUCAAGGUGUGGAGCACCAGCACGUGUGAGUUUGUGCGCACAUUGAACGGCCACAAACGAGGCAUCGCCUGUCUGCAGUACCGGGACCGGCUCGUGGUCAGUGGCUCCUCCGACAACACCAUCAGGCUGUGGGAUAUAGAGUGUGGGGCGUGUUUGCGGGUUCUGGAGGGCCAUGAGGAGCUGGUUCGCUGCAUUCGCUUCGACAACAAGCGCAUCGUCAGCGGAGCAUACGAUGGUAAAAUUAAAGUGUGGGACUUACAAGCUGCCCUGGAUCCCCGGGCCCCAGCCAGUACCCUCUGCCUGCGCACACUAGUGGAACAUUCGGGGCGCGUGUUCCGCCUCCAGUUUGACGAGUUCCAGAUAAUCAGCAGCUCCCAUGACGACACCAUCCUCAUCUGGGACUUCCUCAACGUGUCGGCCAAUGGACAGCCAGAGGGCCGGUCGCCCUCACGCACCUAUACAUAUAUCUCCAGAUAGCAGGUGCCUCUCCUCUGUGGCAGUGUGUCCUGGGAAAGCUGAGAGCUGAUUGGCUGUGGCGGGCCCAGAGAGGAGCCCAGGGACCCUCCUCCUCCUCCUCCUCCUCAUUUUCAUCCUCACUGCUGUGCAUUCAUCCCCGCAGCGACUCCUCAAUCUGAAACAGCACUUUACGACGCUGACCUGUACGCGCCCCCCCCCCCCCAUCACUGUUGGUGCACAGCCCUCGAUCCAGUUCUAUUUAAGCCAGCUCUAUUUAAACAAAAGUCCUGAAAAGCACAUACUUGCACUCUUCCCCCCUCCCCUCCCUCUCCUAACCACUAGCCCUGACCAGUUCUCGGGGUGGGGUUCUUCAUGUCCAGCCUGUUUGAUCUUUAACACAGACAUGCUACUGUAGAUACGCUAAUAAGCUUAGCGGUAACGCAAACAGCAUCCAAGUCUACUACUACUUAAUACUUACAGGACACUAGCCAUAUUGCAGAGGCACUCGUUCUUUGCAUUCUCUCUCUCUCGGUCUCUCUCUCUUUCUAUCCCGCCACACUCCCCCAUCCCUUUUUCUUUUUCUGAUGGACGGGACCGAUGGACGCUCACAGACGGACACACGACAUGAUUGCACAUCAGAGACAGAGACUCUGUGCAAGCCUCAGGGCAUGAAGACCUGGUUGGUUGGUUGGUUGGUUGGUUGGUUGGUUGGUUGAUUGAUUGAUUGAUUGAUGGACGGAUUCAUAAAUGGGAUGACAAUUUUGAGGAACGAGUGAGGAAGUAGGGAAAUGGAGGAAAGGAAGUCUCCGUCAGCCUUCCCUGUUCCCUGUUCCCUGUGGUGCCUUUUCUUCAGGGCACAGGACACACUUAGUGCUAGCCAGACUUGUUGAUUGACAAGCCCGCAGCACCGAACUGCAGUGACUGACGUCUGGUGGGGGUUGGCCCCUCACUGUGUCUCGUCACUUGUAUGUAUGUAUGUAUGUUUGUGUAUGUGUUGUUGUUUUGUUUUAUUUUGUUGUUUGUUUUGGUUUGUCAUCAAGGAGAUUGCUGUGCAUGUGAGGCCAAAGGGAGAAGCUGUUUUCUGCCAAGCCUCCUUUUUUUUUUUUUUUACUCCCCGUUUCUUUCAUACUGUUUUCUCCCCAUAUUUCACCCCUUUUUUUUAAAUUGGACAAGUUAUUUCUUUCUUGCUGAGAUUGUGCUAGAUGUUGUAACUCUUUUCAUUCAGUGUCAAAUUGUUUCCUCAUUCUCUCACUUUCUCUCUCCCUUGCUCGCUCGCUCGCUCUCUCUCCUCUCUCUCUGUUUUGCCUGUACUUGCCUGCUUUUUUCUUUUGUUCUAAGGGUCCUGUGUCUUGAAACUGAGUUUAUCUGUAAACAAAACUGUCUUGUCAAAAACUGUGUUGUAUAUUAAAAAGAUUUUUUAAAAGAUGGAAAAAAAACCUUAUUGUGAAUAAAACACUUUACUGUG